AAAUGACAUUGCCAAUGCACGAUACAUAUGUACCACUGCUGAUAUGUGGACGAGUAAAAACCGAAGAUUAAUAGGUGUCACCGCCAGUUUCAGAAGGCAGUACAACAGGAAAUGGAUUUGCUAUUUUGAGACAAUAGGAAUAUCUGAAAGCAUCUAAAGUACUUGAAACUAAACGGAACGUCAUUUCUUUCGCUGUAUGAAGAUUUAAAGCUGAAAAGAAGAUCAUAUGCUCUUGCCUGUCGUCGAUUUGAAGGAUCGCACACACAUGACGGCAUUGCUAAUAUAUUGAAUGACAUACACUCAUCGUUCGGAAUUACAUCAGAUAAGCUGGUUGGAACAGUUACAGACAACGGUUUAAAUUUCGUGAAAGCAUUCAAGGAAUAUGGAAUAAAUUUGGAUGAAUCUUUGUACUAUGAAGAUUACAUACCAGCAUACGAGAGAGAAGAGGAAGCAUCUGAGCGAGAGCCGAUUGGAAGAGAAUCUUUUGCUGACAUUUCAUCCAGACUGCUUCCAGCCCAUCAUAGAUGUGCCAGUCAUAUUCUGAACUUGAUCGCAACCAGUGAUCUCAAUCGCGGUCUCAAUGGGAUCAAAAAUCUAAGAUUGACAUACACUGACAUAUCCCAGAAAUGUGUCAAGCUGUGGAACUUGACAAGAUCGCCAAAACGAAAUGAGGUCAUCGUAGAAUUUCUGGGAAAAUCUCUGAACAGGCCCGUGGUAACCCGGUGGAAUUCAUUCUAUGAUGCUUACGAGCAAAUCGUAGAACUGGAAGCAAAAAUUUUUAGUUUACUGACAAAAUUGGAAGUUGCCGAUUCUUUAGCGGCUAGUGAUUUUAUAUUCCUAAAAGAAUACGUACAGUGCAUGGCACCCAUCGCAAAAGCUUUGGAUCGGCUUCAGGGAGAUCUUGAUGUGGGCUAUGGUUGGUUGCUACCAACUUUGAUAUCUACCAGGAAUGAUCUGAGGGGACUGCAAACGACUGACUUCAUCUAUUGCAAGCCAAUGCUCGAAGUAUUACUAUCAAGCCUCGAUGAAAGAUUCUCGAAUUAUUUCAACGUCAUUGAUGAAGGUAAAGUAGCAGCUGUAGCUGCAGCAGCACACCCGAAGUUCAAACUAAAAUGGCUUCAUUGUCUGGAUCAGACUGCGCAAGCCAAUGCAAUGGCAGCUAUCAAAGAAGCAAUUAGUGCUUGUGCUAAAUCCUCAUCGUCAAGUAUCAAUGUCAUGGAAACUGACGAUGACGAUUUCAACUUUGAAUCAAGAGAGGAGGCCCUAGUAGUCACUCAGCACACCUUGGAAACGGGAGCAGCCGAAACUGAAUUCGGGAGAUUCAGCCAAAAGCCCAAAACCGACUUGGAAAUACUCCUCAUCUAUCCGACGGUCCGAGAGAUUUACCUCAAAUCGAAUACUCUCCUCCCUUCCUCGGCUUCAGUCGAGAGGAUGUUUAGCUUCGCGACCGCUUUUGACACAGCGAAGUUCAACCGCUUGACUCCUGCAAACUUUGAAAAACGCGUACUAUAUAAAGCGAAUUCUGCUUGGGAUUCUUCAAAAGAGAAAAGAAACAAGAAGAAGUAAACAGAAAAAUAUUCUCCUUAUUUGAUCUUAUAGGAAAACUUCCUCGUUUCAUUAAGUAAUGAAACAAACUCGAUGAAUAUUGAUGUAUUCAAUAAAUGUGCGGGAAAAAUGUGA